AUGAAACAACAUAAGAAAGUAACCGUUGAUGCAAAAGCAGAGAUAGACGAACCAGUUGUGAGCGAACAGACAUUAGGAGAGGACAUAAGAGACAUGGAAUCCAUGGAAACUGAAGCCUCUCACAACAGAAGACACUUUGUGAUGAUGAAGAAUAAACAAACACACCCUGAAGACGCUAUCAGGAAACUCCGUCUUGACUGA